AUGCGCUGCACCGAUGUGGGGGAGCUGCUGCGGGGUGGGAAAGCAUGGGCCAGAGCGGUGCUCCUGCAACUGCUGUGCGCAGCGGAGCCGGCGUUGCCGCCGAGGUCGUGCGACCGGCGGGUCCAGCGGCGGGUCCAGCGGCGGAUCCAGCGGCUCCUGCAGCAGCUGGACGGCCACGGAGAGGGUGCGGAGUCCGCGGAGCGCGCCGAAGCCAUUUAUGUUGCGUGGCAGGUCUUCGAGGAGUCCUACCACCUAGACCUUCACAACUCCACCACUUUCAUCAGCCUCUUGGCCCGGCACAGCCGCUGGGCGGAGGCCUUGGACGUCUUCGCGGGCGUGGAACGGAGACGCGUGCCGGACGUGGUGUGCUGGAGCGCCGCCAUCAGCGCUUGUGAGAAGGGAAGUCGCGUGGAGGAUGCCCUGGACUUGUUUCAUGCCAUGCCCCGGCGUCAUCUCAAAGCAAACGUCUUCUCCUACAGCGCCACAAUCAGUGCAUGCGAAAAGCUCGGGCAUUGGCAGCAAGCCUUGAGUUUGUUCGCGGCGAUGCCGGCGGCCCAGGUGGAGCCCGAUGUGGUGACCUUCAACACGACGCUGAGCGCAGUGGAGAAAGGGGCUGCCCAUUGGCAGUUCGCCUCAGCCUUGUUCGAAGCCAUGCCAGCGGCAAACGUUUGCCCUGACUUGAUCAGUUUUAACUCCGCCAUCAGUUUGUGCGAGAAGUUUGGCGUUUGGAUGCAAGCACUGGGCUUUUGGCGUGCCAUGACCACCCAGCAGAUCGCGGCGGAUGCGGUGACCUUCGGCGCACUGCUGAGCGCGGCCGAGAAGGCCUUCCAGUGGCAACGGGCACUGGAGAUUUUUGCAGCGAUGCCUGCGUCCAAGGUCGAGCCAAAUCUUAUUUGCUUCAACGCGAUCCUGAGCAGCUGCGAAAACAUGGGAAUGUGGCAGGAGGCCCUCGUCUUGCUUGCGUCCUUGAUGCAAAUGCGUCUUGCUCCUGACUUCAUCACCUUCAAUGCAGUGUUGCGCUCCUGUGAGAAGCAGGCGAAAUGGCCGGAAGCACUGCAUUUGUGUCGAAUGACUCAAGAAGCGGAGGUGGCAGACACGACGGCGGUCAACGCCACCAUCGGCACCUGUGAUAAGGCCUCGCAAUGGCGAUGGGCCAUCCAUUUGUUGUUCAACAUGCAGGCCGCCCAGUACCACCCGCGCAGUUGGGAUUUCGCGAUCGAGGCCUGCCUACGGAGUGGCAUGUGGCAUGCUGCACGACAUGUGAGAGCUGCGAGAGGGAGGUUGGGCUGGGCUUCUGACUGA